AUGCGAACUAUUUCCACUCGACUUCGUGAGCUCGAAUCUGCGAACAAUCCGAUCGACUCGCCCAAAUUGUCGGCCCGCGGAACUGCGGCCGCAGUCGGGUUGCACCGCAUCCUUAAUGCACCUAAGUCACCUACAUAUGUCGGUCCCACAAGUGCUGAAUUUGGCCUCGGUCGCCAAGAUCGCAUUGCUUCCACGUACAGUAGCCGCAACGGCGACUUCAAUGAUGCUGAGGAAGAAGACUUUGACCUUUCGACAACUGCUCCCAGCCCUGCUCCAUCGGAUGAACAAUUAAAUGAAGUUUCCGGGGAUCCAAUCAAAGCGUUGGGCCUUGAGGAAAUAUUACGCUUGAUUCAGGUCUACGAAGACACUGUUGGUAUAAUGUACCCCUGUGUUGACCUUGCUAGCCUUCGUACUUAUGUCGUCGAAUAUCAUCACCAAUAUGAUCCAGCCAUUGACCGCGUGGCGGGUCCGGCGCAGAAGGCUUCUGACCAAGACUGGUUUCACGCCCGGGAUGUCCAGGUGCUGAAGAUUCUAUUGGCCACUGCCUUGCUUGUCGAGUCGCAUGGCCGGAGUGAGCGCGCAGCGCAGUUGGCAGAUAGCGUUGAAGAUCACUUUGCCAGUCGACUAAAGGUAGCCGAAGUUGACAUGAAGGAAAUUCUCAUUUUGACACUGCUGGUGGGUCUCUUAUCUCUAUAUCUUGAGCUUCUUUCUAACAAGUACAGUCUAUAUUUCAUUCAUAUCGCGACGACGAAGUCAUUGCCUGGCGGCUGA